ACUGGUUUUUAUGACCAAUUCAUCAUGACGGAUGCUAACUGGCUGGAAAUGAACAAGUCACACGGUGUGACACUUCCGUCACACGGCGUGACACUUCCGUCAGAUGCUCAACCCUCCAACUCAACCCACCAGCUUAAAAAUAGCAUCUGUCGUCGUAAAACUGUUCACUUUGUCGACCCAUUACAAAGAAUUUGCAGCCUUUCCUGACAACGUGUUAGAUUCCGAGUAAUAGUUAUGAGAGCAAAUAGUUGAAUACCAACAUGUUUUAACUCCGCCACCUCGACCCUAGUACAUUUAGCAUUCCGGAAAAUCCCUUUUUGCAUUUCAACGAGCUCACAGGAAUAAACCCUUAUAACGCCCGUUUGUGCUUGCAUUUCUCACUUUCCUACAUUUCUUCUCGUUGCUGUUGCGUGUGUGUGUGACCGUGAAACCUACCUUCGUUAACAAUCUAGUGAGACCUAGCUCUUUGUUUUUUGAAGACUCUCUUUUGUUAUAACCCGUUAACUGGAGAAGACUACUAAAGACUAAUCACCAAGUAAAGAAACCAAGAUGCUAGAGACAGUAGCCCAAUACUUAUCAUCCAACUGCUUCUCGUGGAGAGCCGACAAGAUCAGGAAGCAACUUCCCAGAGGACCCGCCGAGAACACCUUCUACCACAAGUACUAUGUAGUCCGCAAGUUGGGGUCCGGAGGAUACGGUACAGUGUUCCUGGUGGCACGCAGAGCCGACAACAAGAGGUUCGCUGCUAAGAUAGUACCACAAGCAAGAUGCAGGAGAACAACCUGGUGCACUGCAAGACAGAUGUGGGUACCGGACGAGGUAACAAUCUGGGAGGCCCUUCAACCCCACGACAACAUAGUGCAACUAGUGGAGUCGUACCUGGAACGAGGACACUGGAUCCUGGUUACGGAGUACCUGACGGGAUACCUCGACCUCUUCGACUACAACAUCGCAAUCAAGAAGCUGCCUCUGACGGAAGUGCGAGCGAUCCUAAGACAGGUGAUCAGGACGUGUCAAAACCUUAUUGAGCUGGGAGUGGAUCACAGGGACAUCAAGGACGAGAAUCUGCUCUACAACCCAGAGACGCAACAUGUCAAGCUUCUCGACUUUGGGUCCGCUUCAAGGAUUACUCCUGAGCAAACUUACAAUCACAUUCAAGGUACAGACAUCUACAUUCCCUACGAGUUCUACUCAAGUAGCUGCUACACACCGGACGGAGGGACCGUUUGGUCAAUAGGGUGUCUGGCUUACAUUCUUCUGAACAGGAGACCCCCCUUCGUUAACAGGGAACAUGUCAAAACACACGACACCAUUAACUGGCUCAACCCAGACGAUGGUGGACUGAAGGAGUUUGUGGAGAAGUGUUUGGUGAAAGACCCUGAACAAAGGUGGAAGUUGGACGAGAUCGCAGAGUUUGAGUGGUUACAUGUGGACUGAGAGAGACAACUAAUUUAUCCGUGACUGUGAAGAGGAUUAAAUAAGAUAUUGAAGAUGUGUCAGCAGAAGAAAUUAUACCAUUCAGGAGUAAUGAAGUGCAACGUUGUUGUUUGUAAGACUGUGAAUGUCCAACAAGUUGCUUUUUAAAUUGUCGAUUUAAUCGAAGAUUGAGAGAUACUGAAAAGAAGUUAAAGUUAAAGACUUUAUUUGAGGGAAAUAAUUUGUUGUGUUUUAUCUCAUUUCGUGAAAGUGAGAUACGAUAAUUAAACAUGAUAUUAUCAUGGAAAUGUAUAUUAAUGGUGUUAUUAUCAUUAUUCGUAAAGGCUUCAUAACGAGCAGUUUCAUAUCUAGGUCAUCUUUUUUUGUGGCUUAAAACUGUGAAUCUUAAUGAAGUCAAAUUGUAUCAGACAACUUAAACAACAUCAGAGAACUUCCUUAAUAUUUUAAAUCAUUGAUAUAUGCAAAACAUAUAUAAUAAUGCUGUUUCAAACUUAAAUGGUGCAGUGAGAUCACUUAUAAAUACUAAUUAUUGUAAAUUAAAUGUUCCGUUAUUUCUGGAUCUCAUAUUUAUUAUUAUUUUCGUUCUAUCGAGAUUCUGGAUUCUGAUAAAAAUGCUUUAUUUAUGUGCUUUGACACAUAACCUACUGAA